CUCAGCUUUGCCGGGACGCUUUCUACUCUUGUAAAGUCGAAUUCUUCCUGACCUGCGGGAGUCCUCUCCUGGCUCAUCUCGUGGAGCAGGGCCCACGGGAUCGCCCCUCGGUCUUUGAAAACAGACGUGGUAAUAAAGGAACUGUGCAUUCUGGAGAAUGCUGCCCCACGGAGAGGAAGUUUUUCUGUGUGCAGAAAGGAAGCGUGUGUGCGUGUGUAUUAGGUACUCACUGCAGAAAUCAGAGACACACAUAACUCACAGUGAAGGUCGAGUCCCCCUCCAGCCCCUGCCCCCCAGGGCGGCAGCUGCUGUUCCAGGCGUGCCUUUCAGGGGGAUCCUAUUUAUAGAAGCAAACGCCCACUGGCAUAAACUGUGGCACAUUUCUGCCGUUCUGGGCUUCGUACUCAACAGACCCAGGAGGUCCUUCUGCAGCCGUGGGUACAGACCUGCCCCGUCCUUUCAGAGGCCGUGACAGCUGGACGCGUCCCGCCAGCCCCGCCCGUGGAGACCGGCCCACCCAGCCUCAGCUCCUGCCGGCAGUGGGUCCGCCCGUCCAGGCUGUUCUGAGAGGUCACGGCGCCUUCGACCGCGGUUGUCCACAAGGGCAGUGCACUUACAUUUUUCGCAUACUGCUUCUGGUUCCGACUCUUCUUCUCCCCAGAUAAGCUGGGCUCGCCCACUGGGUGGUGAGGGGGGGGCCGAGGGGAGGGCGGCCCCAGCAGGCUGGGAGCUAAAUAGACACAGGCCCGGAGCCGCCCUAUAAAUAGCCCCGCGCUGUCAGCCUGUGUGGCAACUGGAGACGGAGGGUGUGGGGUGUUUUCGGCCUGAUCUGCGCAGGGUUAUCAGCCAGUGGCUGCCCCACCUGCUAGUCUGGCCAGAGGGCUCCGGCUGGGCGGGCGGACGGUCAGAGGGACACGGCCCGGAGGGACGCUGCCCGCGUGGCUGCCCUCCCCACCCCCCAACCAUGGCUCAGAUCGUGCGCAGGCACCUCGUGGAGACCCCGGUGCGCUACCAGGAGCAGUUCGAGGCGCGGGGGCUGGAGGACUGCAGGCUGGACCACGCCCUGUUCGCGCUGCCCGGGCCGACCACCGUGGACCUGGGGAGGGCCGGCGCGGCCCGGGCUCCGGCGGGGGACGCCGCAGUGGAGGCGCCAGGCCGGGGAGGCCAGGCGCGCUUCCAGGUCCUGCUGGACGUGGUGCAGUUCCUCCCCGAGGACAUCAUCAUCCAGACCUUCGAGGGCUGGCUGCUGGUCAAGGCGCAGCACGGGACCCGGAUGGACGAGCACGGCUUCGUCUCCAGGAGCUUCACCCGGCAGUACCGGCUGCCCGAGGGCGUCCAGACCGGGGACCUGUCGGCCCUCCUCUGCCACGACGGCAUCCUGGUGGUGGAGGUGAGGGGCCCGGCGGGGACCGAGUGACCGAGGGGCCGCCCGCCGGCCGUGCUCACGGGGCGCGAGGACAGUCUCAGGUCGGCCAGCGAAGGUACCGCGGGGGUGUUUGUGGGAGCCACACCGAAACGCUUCCCAGGAAGGUUACCGAGGGAGACACGGUCCCCGGUACGUUGAACUUGUCUUUGUUCCCUGAACGAGAGAGGACGCUCGUUCACUGCGUCCCCAGUGCACAAAGCGAUGCCCCUCUUGCCCCUGACCACCGACGGUUUGGGGGACUUGUUUGGUACCAGCGAGGACUCAGGACUGUCUCGUCGUCACGGCAGCCAGGCGGGGGAAGCUGCCUUGGUCAUGCCGCCAGGUGGCAGAGGACCGGCUGAUGUCAGGGGUGCUCAUCCGCUCUGUGACAAGUCUGUGCGUCGCUAAAAAGGGGGGCGGUCCCCUCCAGCCGACAGGCUUCUCCUCUCAGCACGUUUGAACCCCAGCUUUGUAAGCCGAGUCUGAGGGUCACAACACGGAACCUGAGAUUGGGUCUAAAUAUACAUGUAUGCAUGGAAAAUACAUAUAUGAUGCACUACAGUCGUGACUGCCUUGAACUCACGUGGCGUUUAAGAUAUAAACCUUAUUUUUAAAAGUUC